AUUCAGCAGAGCGUCGCGAUGAUGCUGCGCGUUUUAUUCGCUCUGAUUGUGUUCGCCGGCUCCGUUCAGGCGGAUAAACGCGCGGCGGAUAUGAAGACGAGCCUGAUGCAGUCACCAUCAUCAUCAUCAUCAUCCUCAGCGCUGGAGCUGAACGCCUCCGCAACGCAUCGCGGUGAUGAUGAAGAUGAUGGAGAUGGAGACGCGCGCGCGUCGAGAGUCCCGCGCGGCUCCAAACACAAGCAGCAGCGCGAGCGGAACGCGCACCGAACCCCGCGACCGCAUCCUGACCCCGACGCGUUCUUCACCACGCCGCGAGCGUUCAACGGCUCGCUACGCGUGCAUAACCCGCUGUUCCCGCUCACGGAGGAGUCGUACAGCGCGUACGCCGUCAUGCUGCUCGCGCUCAUCGUGUUCUCCGUGGGCAUUGUGGGUAACCUGGCGCUCAUGUGCAUCGUGUGGCACAACUAUUACCUGAAGAGCACGUGGAACUGCGCGCUGGCCAGCCUGGCGUUCUGGGACUUCACGGUGCUGUUCUUCUGCUUACCAGUGGUCAUCUUCAACGAGCUGACCAAGAGACGACUGAUGGGAGAUCUGUCCUGCAGGAUAGUGCCAUACGUGGAGGUGACGUCUCUCGGAGUGACCACGUUUACUCUGUGCGCGCUCAGCAUCGACCGCUUCCACGCGGUGACCAGCGUUCAGACGCGGCCGCAGCAGGUCGAGUCCUGUCAGUCCAUCCUGGCCAAGCUGUCGGUGAUCUGGGUGGGAUCUCUGGUUCUGGCCGCUCCAGAGCUGCUGAUGUGGCGUCUGGAGCAGGAGGUGUCUCCGCGGACAGGUCUGCCGGUGGACUCCUGCGGUCAGCAGCCAUCCGUGACGCUGCCGGAGACGCUGUACUCGUUGGUGCUGACGUACCAUCAGGCCAGAAUGUGGUGGACCUUCGGAUGUUUCUUUUGCUUGCCGCUGCUGUUCACCGGCGCGUGUCAGCUGCUCACGCGACACGUCGCGGACGAGAACGCCAAGAGCAUUCGUCCGUCGUCUUCGUCGUCUUCCGCAUCUUCGUCUCCGAAGAAGAAGCAGCGGCGAGAGCGUCAGCUGACCCGCACGGUGGUGGCGCUGGCUUCCGUUUACGCCAUUUGCAGUUUGCCGGAAAACGUCUGGAACUUCGUUCUGGCUUACUCGGGCGUGGAGGUGGGCGUGGCCACGCGGGCUCUCCUCGCUCUGAUUGGCCAGUUCCUGUUGUUCGUGCGGGCGGGAGCGACGCCCAUUCUGUUGCUCUGCAUCUGUCGCUCUCUCGGCCAGGCGUUCAUGGACUGCUGCUGCUGCUGUUGCGACGAGUGUCUUCCGGAUCCUUCGUCGUCGACGACAUCUUCGUCUUCGUCCACUAACGCUACGGCUGUCUCCUCGUCCCUGUCUUCGCCCGUCUCCGUCCAGGAGGAGAAGCUGAAGAUCGUGUCGGGAACGUCGCCCGCGGUGUUCUUCGAUAAAGUGAAGGAUGGUCCGACCGAGCUGAUCAUCGGAACGCCGUGUUGAUCUCGGAACGUCGGCAUCAGUGUCCGUUAAAACUGUGAACGAAUCCAUCGUUAACACACUUAAAGGGACAGUUCACACAAAAAUUAUCAUUCUGUUGCCAU